AUGUCUCCCGGUGAUCCCCAGGCCGCCCGGGCCAAAGGCCUGGUUGGGAAGCCUUUAUUGUACUUUACAAGUGUUUUUGUGUCUCUGGGCGUAUUUUUGUUCGGUUAUGAUCAGGGCGUUAUGUCUGGCAUUAUCACCGGCCCUUUCUUCAGGGACUACUUCAAUCAGCCUGGCCCUGCAGAGGUCGGGACUAUGGUCGCCAUCCUUGAAAUAGGUGCUCUCAUCUCUUCGCUCUGUGUUGGGCGCAUAGGCGACAUCAUUGGUCGCCGACGGACCAUUCUGUAUGGGUCAAUGAUCUUCUUUGUUGGCGGCAUGUGCCAGUCCCUCUCCAACGGUAUGCCAAUGAUGAUGGUAGGAAGAUUGAUUGCUGGGUUGGGCGUCGGUGCCCUUUCGACCAUCGUCCCAGUCUAUCAAUCCGAAAUUAGUCCUCCCCAUAAUAGAGGCAAGUUGGCGUGCAUAGAAUUCACGGGCAACAUUACAGGCUAUGCUGCGAGUGUUUGGGUCGACUACUUCUGCAGUUACAUCGAGAAUGAUCGUUCCUGGCGGAUUCCCUUAUUGAUGCAGUGUAUCAUGGGGGCAUUCCUCGGAUUUGGAAGCUUGGUUAUCUGUGAAUCCCCGAGGUGGCUCCUCGAUAAUGACCACGACGAAGAGGGAAUCAUCGUCAUAGCCAAUCUCUACGGCAAAGGUGAUAUUCACAAUCCCAAAGCUCGCCAGGAGUACCGUGAAAUCAAGAUGAACGUCCUCCUGCAACGUCAGGAAGGCGAACGGUCGUACAGUGAUAUGUUCAAACGAUACUAUAAGCGGGUCUUCAUCGCCAUGUCGGCCCAGGCCUUUGCUCAGCUGAACGGCAUCAAUGUCAUCUCCUACUACGCGCCUCUUGUCUUUGAGUCGGCUGGAUGGGUGGGGCGAGACGCUAUCCUGAUGACCGGCAUCAAUGCUAUUUCGUACCUGUUGUCUACAGUUCCCCCAUGGUAUCUGGUGGAUCGCUGGGGACGACGACCGAUCCUUCUGUCUGGUGCGGUGGCCAUGAUCAUCUCGUUAUCGCUGAUAUCGUACUUCAUCUUUAUCGAUAUUCGGUGGACGCCCGCAUUGGUUGUCAUCUUCGUCAUGAUCUACAAUGCUGCUUUCGGGGCCAGCUGGGGACCGAUCCCGUGGUUGUAUCCUCCAGAAAUCUUGCCCCUGAGCAUUCGGGCAAAGGGGGCCAGUUUGAGUACUGCCAGCAAUUGGGCUUUCAAUUUUGUGGUCGGAGAGCUCACACCUGUGCUCCAAGGAGCUAUCAAGUGGAGAUUGUAUCUCCUCCACGCCUUCUUCUGCGCGGUUAGCUUCGUCCUUGUGUAUUUCGUCUACCCGGAGACAGCCAACGUUCGACUUGAAGACAUGAAUGCCCUGUUCGGGGAUGCUACCACGACCAUGCCCACGCCGGCGACGCACGCCGAGCGAGGAUCUAUCGCGGGACUUGGCUCACCUUCCUCGAUCGAUAUCAGAGGUGGUACCUCUCAUCAACCUGGGGUCUUCUCGGCCAACGACGCGAUCCCCGGCCUAGACAUUGACCCUCCCGACGUCCAACUCAAUGCUAAUGGCAGACCCCAAAUAAGUGGACAGAACAGCGAAGGUUUCGGCAGCUGGAUCGGGCGCAUGGUCUCGCGGCCACGACAGGAUAGCAACGCCAGAGGGCAGUAUGGAAAGGUCGGCCAGGACGAAGACUAA